CCCCGCCGCAUCCUCACGAAAACUCCUCCCGCUGCACCUGAAAAAGGCGUCUAUUGACAAACUUGGCUGAAAGAAGCGAGUCGGGCGCUGGGCGAGUAGAUUUAGGACCUGGAGCUCCAAGUCCUGUGUAAACCGUCCUGAGGAAGGAGGAGGGGUGGGGUGGGAGAACACCCGGAGAUACCGGAGGGAAGAAUUGGCUUGUUGGUUCGAUCAGCGAGCUGUGCGCAUCGAUUCGGCUCCCCUCCCGGUUCUCUCCCCCCCCCCCGAUUCACACCCCCUUCGGCUCUAGCUGGGCUUGAGCUGGCAUCGCUCUGCACUGCAUGACAGCUCCAGGCUCUGAAGACGACGUAGCAGCCGGCAGUGGGAAGCCAAGCCCAGCUGAGGAAGAUCUGAACAAGGCUACGCGCCGGGGAUCGGCGGGGGUGUGAGCCCAGAAGGCACCUUGCCCUGUCUGAUUCCCAGGGCGCUGACGCCUCUUCCUCCUCUUCCUCCUCCUCGUCUCCGUUUGCCUUUCGCUCCUGUUUAUAACCCCACCCCUGACCUUAUUCUCUGGCCGCCCAAGACUGAGCCGAAAGACCGAAGCCGAGAGAGAGAGAGAGAGAGUGGGAGGGAGAGAGGGAGAGAGAAUAGCACCGGGUCAAGGAGAAAUACCUGCGCAUCGCUUAGACUGCAAUUGAUGGGAGAUACACAUUUCUUUCUCUAGGGAAGCUGGAUACUCGCCCGCCCCCUUCUCUCUCUCUCUUUCGCUCUCUCUUUUAAAGAAAAGAACCCGAUCCAAAGCAGGAAGGUGGGGAUUUCUGCUCCAAAAGAGAAGGGAGGGCAGGGGCAACGAGAGGAAUCGGAGAGAAUUUCGCCGAGCGUUUCCCUCCUUUUGUUGAAUGAGAAGGACGGCGCCGGAUCACCAUGAGCACCAGCACAGUUCCUUUUCAACAAAACCCAUACAACUCCGGUGGUCGUCCCACCAUAAUUCAAUGCUAUCGCUGUGGAGAUACUUGUAAAGGUGAGGUGGUGCGUGUCCAGAACAAUCACUUCCACAUCAGAUGUUUCACAUGCCAGGUGUGUGGCUGUGAUCUAGCUCAGUCUGGCUUCUUCUUUAAAAAUGGGGAAUACAUCUGCACCCACGACUACCAGCAGCUCUACGGCACCCGCUGUGACAGCUGUCAGGACUUCAUCACCGGAGAGGUUAUCUCAGCCUUGGGCCGGACUUACCAUCCCAAGUGCUUUGUGUGCAGCAUGUGCAGGAAGCCCUUUCCUAUUGGAGAUAAAGUGACAUUUAGUGGCAAGGAUUGUGUUUGCCAAACUUGUUCCCAUUCACUGAUUAGUAAUAAACCUAUCAAGAUUCAUGGACCAAGCCAAUGUGCAGGUUGCAAAGAGGAAAUCAAGCAAGGCCAGUCCCUCCUGGCUUUAGAAAAACAGUGGCAUGUCAGCUGCUUCAAGUGCCAAACCUGUGGAAUCAUCCUGACCGGAGAAUACAUUAGCAAGGAUGGUGUUCCAUACUGUGAAUCGGACUACCAUGCUCAAUUUGGUAUUAAGUGUGAGACCUGCAACCGGUAUAUUAGCGGCAGAGUCUUAGAGGCAGGAGGAAAGCACUAUCAUCCCACUUGUGCCAGAUGUGUACGAUGUCACCAGAUGUUCACAGAAGGGGAAGAAAUGUACCUCACAGGUUCAGAAGUAUGGCAUCCUAUCUGCAAACAAGCAGCAAGAGCAGAAAAGAAGCUAAAGCACAGAAGAACUUCAGAGACAUCCAUAUCCCCUCCUGGAUCCAGCAUUGGUUCCCCCAACCGAGUCAUUUGUGCUAAAGUGGAUAAUGAAAUCCUUAAUUACAAAGAUUUGGCUGCUCUUCCCAAGAUUAAAGCCAUCUACGAGGUGCAACGCCCUGACCUCAUUUCUUAUGAGCCCUAUCACAGAUAUACUUCGGAUGAAACACUGGAGAGAUAUAGCUAUGGGGAGUCUCUUGGAACCUUGUCUCCAUAUUCUCAGGAUAUUUAUGAGAGCAUGGACAUCAGGCAGAGACGAGCAUCCAGCCCAGGCUACAUAGACUCACCCACCUACAGUCGCCAAGGCAUAUCUCCCACCAUCCCACGCUCUCCACAUCAUUAUUACCGCUCAGAUUCUCACUCUGCAGCUACAAAAAGCAAAACUAGUGAAGACAUCAGCCAGACCUCCAAAUAUAGUCCAGCUUAUUCUCCAGAUCCAUAUUAUCACUCAGAAACAGAAUAUUGGACUUUUCAAGGUUCACCCAAAGCUCCCCGAGUUCGAAGAUUCUCAUCAGGAGGAGAAGAAGAUAGCUUUGAUCGAGGGAUGCACAGACUCCAGACAGGAAUUGGCCGAUUGAUACUGAAGGAAGAAAUGAAGGCCCGUGCUAAUUCAUACAUGGACCCUUGGACACCUCCCCGCAGUUCAGCAAGCAGCAGAGAAGCUCUUCAUACAGCAGGCUACGAGGGCUCCUUAAAUGGCUCACCCCGGUCACACUACCUGGCAGACAGUGAUCCCCUCAUUUCAAAAUCAGCUUCUCUUCCUGCUUACAGAAGGAAUGGGCUGCAUAGGCCUCCCAGCGCUGAACUCUUCCACUAUGAUAGCACAAAUGCCGUCAACUGGGGGAUGCGAGAAUACAAGAUAUAUCCUUAUGAGUUGCUUUUGGUGACAACUAGGGGGAAAAAUCGCUUGCCCAAAGAUGUGGACAGAACUCGGUUAGAGCGCCAUCUGUCCCCAGAGGAAUUUUACCAGGUGUUUGGCAUGACUAUUGCUGAAUUUGAUCGCCUGGCUUUGUGGAAAAGAAAUGAAUUGAAGAAGCAGGCUCGGCUAUUUUGAAAACAGUAUAUAUAAAAACUAUAUAAAUAUCUCUAUAUAGAAGCUCUGUAUAGUACAGAGUAGAAUCUCUGGCUGUACUCUUUGGAAGCCUGUAGAGUGAACUGAAGUCUCACAGAUAUUUUUAUGCUCUUUGUUUCUUUUAUUCUUUUUUUUAAAAAAGAGUAACUCUUAUUUGGGAAACUUUUCAAGUGUGGGGAGGAUGUGGGAACCUGUUUUAUACUGAGCUGUUUCUUUUUCUUACAUCAAUGUUGAGAACCUUGGGCAUUAUCAUAGCUCACCCGUGAGCCUCUUAAAAGCAAGUCUGGAGAGAUAGGAUGAUGGAACUGGGGGCAUGUUUUGAUAGAGCCAAUCAUCCUUAUACACCUCCCCCCACCUCAUGGCUUCAGAAUAACUGGAGUAUGCUGCUCAAUCAGGCCAAGGAUUUAUCUCAACCUGCCUUUUGUUUCUAAUAGUAGCUCAACAAAUAUCUUUUGCAUUUUUCUAUUAUUUUCCUCACUAUCUUAAUCAUCUCCAAGGAUAUAUAUAUAUAUAAAUGUUUGCUGGAUAGAUUUUGGUUUUAUUUGUAUCCCUUUAUACCAGGGAUCUUGAGAUCUUGGUGUAAGAUCUCAACACGCACGUGUAUAUGUGUGUGAUUUUGCACCAAGAUUUAAACAUGCUCAUAUAAAAGGAUACAAAUAAAACCAAGAUCUAUUCAGUCAGCAUUCUUUUUUUUUCUUAUAGCAGACAUCCAAAUGACUCUUGGAAAUUAAAAAGAUGGGCUUUAAGGUGAUGAGAAACCAUAUACUUUAUGUUCCUUCCUGCAGCAUCCAGAAAUCAGAUUGAUUACCUCUAUGUAUGGAGGCUUUAUAUAGCUAUUAUUGAGAGUAACCAUCUUUAAAACGGUUUAUAAAUAUUAGCUUGCAAAAUUUCUUUUUUCUCUGAGUUACAGUGACAUACAGCUGUCUUCCAUACCACUUCAGAGAUUUGUAGAAAGCAAUGCACUGAAACACUUACUAAAAUUUAUUCUGAUUCAGCAGAUACUCCUACAUUCAGGGAAUAGGAAGUUAGGUUUCUUGGAAUACAUAAUUAUAUGCUCAACUAAAUAUUUAGGUACUUUAACACAAUUUUACAUUUGCACAGAUCUAUAUUCAGCCUUCCCCAAUCUAGUGGUCUUCAACCAUGCUGGACUAAAACUUCCAGAAGUCAUACUGAACUAUGGACACUUGUAGAGACUAGUUUGGGGGUACAAUCUGUGAUAUACACCCAAUUAUAAUCUUCAUUUCCAUUAUUUCAAUUUCCUCUUCUUUUACUAGUCACUUUAAGCAGUCAAUUAAAAAAAACUGCUAUAAAAGAGCUUAACCUUACAAACUUGAGAUCAAACUUUUGAAAAGGGGGGGAUAACAGGGAAUAACUGGCACCACUGUCCAAUUCUCAAACAAAACAGUUCUAUAUACUAAUCAGCGGUUUGUUGAAUAAAUCAUAAUAGUGGAAAGCUAUUAACCAUAGUUUAGAAGAUACAGUGACUUGAUUCACAUAAUAUGUUAAGCUAAAAUCCAAUAAACUAUAUUAUGGCUUAGCAUGAUAUGUGAAUCUUGUCACUGUUGUUUUUUAAAUAAACUUUGGCUAUGGCUGUUGGAAAAAGAAUGAAGCUUUACCCAGGCAGAUGUGAUGUUCAAAGUAUUACAUCUGAACUUUUAUGUGAGUUUUAUAUAUGUUUUCUGAAAACAGCAGUCAUAUUAGGAAUCAAACUUUGAACUUUCAAACAUGUAUAAAAACUGUUGGAUUACGGAGGGAAAAGAGUUUGGAAAAACCUUGGCACUUGUAAUGUCUUGUUCAUCUUUAAUUUAACUAAUUUAAUUGCAUACAGUAUGUCUGGCCUUUCAUGGUCACUAGCCACAUUUCUGAUAUUGUGUCAAAUCAGUAGGGUCAACUCCUAAAUGAAGAAACGUUCAUGGAAUGUUUUGAUUUGGGAGAUUGUAUGUUUGUUCUUUCUUAAAAGAAAAAGAAAUUUCUUACCUAAUACACUGUUUGAACAAAAUAA